AUAUUUUCAAUCAAAGUUCUCAAGCAUCAUGAAGGAAGACGCAAAAUCCCCUUAAAAUCUAAAUAUUUGCAGUGAUCGAGCAAAGCUUUGGAAAUAUUUACGACGUAAAAAUAUCUAAGAUGUCCGACAAGCGAAAACGGAAAGCUCAGACUCGUCCAAUGUUGGAAAAUUGUCAAAUGCCUAAAAGGAAAGCUUCAAAACGCUUGUCAGCAUCUGCUCAAUUGGAAGAAAUGGACAGCGGUCAAGUGAAUUUAACAUCGCCCAACUCAAUCUUAACCAAUAUUAAUCUUAGAAAUCUUCUAAAUCGCCAUACGCUUGGUCUCUUGUCUGCAGCAGCUCAACAUCAACUCAUAAAGGAAUUACCUGAAUGCGAUAGAACUCGAGCUGCUGAUAACAGCAUUCGAGUUGCUUCUACUGCCCUAAACAAUGAGUUUUUUAAUAAAUCUUGCGUCGAAUGGCGUCAACGGUUAAAAAGCGGUGAAUUCACACCAGAAAAUCAAUCAAAAUUAGAAGAGGAUCAAAAACAAGCAGAUGUCAUCACUGUUGAUGAUUGGAAAAAGAAAUUCUUUGAGCCGGUCUAUGGUAAAAAGUGUUUAAAUUCUAUUUUUGAAGAAAUGCCGACUGUAACAGAAAAGCAAACCAAGAAAUCACCAUCAGACGCUGAGCAAGAGUUGACAGAGAUUAGCCCGCAAACUCCGUUAAAAACUAGAUCAAAGAAAAAGAAACGGAAAAAAUCUCCGAGUUCUAAUAAGCCGAAAGCUGAAGUUUCGCCCAGGAAGAAGAAAGUUGUUCCACCAAUACGCAUAAAGAACAUAACGAAAGUGCCUGAAGUAAUAGCUCCAUCUAUGUCUCAUAGCCCAUCCCCCAUUGAAGAGAAAUCUUCGCCUACACCUCCAGAAACGAAACCCUACUCUCUUUCUCCCAAUUCAAUAUCUACUCCUACUCCCUCGCCUUCUCCACCAAGUCCUCAACUUCCCCCUCCUCCCCCUCCUCCUCCUCCUCCUCCUCCUCCGCCACCUCCAGAAGUUACACCCACGACUAAGGAUAGGAAUAGCACCAUCCGCAGCCUCCUUCAAUCCAAUGUCAAAGUUCAUAUCAAAAAGGAAAGCAGUAAAAACGCUUGGACAGUAGCACCCCCCACAACUGCACCAUUAGCUCCCGUAACAACAUCUCCUGUUGCAACCCCUUCAGCUAGAUCACACUCGGCUAUACUCCAAUGUUUAACUUCGGCAAAGAAAGGAAGUAGUCCCCUGCAAGCCAGUGCCGCUCCACCAGAUGAACAACAGUUUCCGCACGGCUCCACCCGAACUCUAGCACAAAUCAAAGCCCAAAUGAUGGCGAAAAAACGUCAGCAACUAAAGAAUAGAGGGGGUCCAGUUGAUACGCAACGAUCGCAAGUAAUAAUGGAACAAGUCUUGGGAAAAGUUUCCUCUCCUUCAGCUCCUCUAAGAACCCCUCUCCUCAUGCCGGUUGUCGCCAACCAAACCAACUUACAUAAUCAAGCUCCCAAUGUGCAUAUGAUGCAGUCAAAAUCUGUUGUUGUAAUGCAACCUCCUCCCCCAACCCUUCCGCCCCCUCCUCAGCCUGCACCAAAAUCGCAAGUGAUAACGAUUAGGAUGCAUAACGAACUGGAGAAGCUUAUGAAGAAUCCAAAUUUAAAUUUGAACGUUAUCCAGGAACAAGCAAAGUGCACAGAAUGCUCGGAUUUGACUAAAUGCGAUAAUUGUACGAUGAUAAGCUGACUGUAAUUAUAGUGAACGGUUUUUACUUCCGUGUGCUAUUUUAAAAAAUAUUUCAUGCAUAAUUCUAAUUUUUUCCUUUUAUCUAGAUGUUCUAUUUUCCCAUUAAAAAAAGGAAACAUGUGCUUGUUGGUUUUUUUUUGUCUUCUUGCAGAAAACUAGAAUUUUAAUGAAUAAAGAACUAGAGAAAAAAAGUCAACCAUAAAAAAGAAAACAACAAAUAUCUAUAUAUCUAUCUAUAUACAGUAUAUAUAGAUAUUAUAUGUAUAUUCAAUUGUAACGUUUAAAAAAAUGAAUAAAUUCAAGCAAA